GUUGUGCUUAUAUUAAAGUAUAAAUGUAAUUUAUCUAUGGCCUAUACAAAUAUACAUUCCUGUCUGAGUUCCAAAAGUACAUCUUUCUGUUCUACAAAAAAUCGGAAUACUUUUUUACAGUUAUAUAGUGAUGAGUUAUACAUAAUUGAAUAUAUACUAUUGGAUGUAUGGAUGCUAUAGGGAAGCAAUUAAGACAGACAAUUAUACUGUUUAAUGUUAUUAUAUGUAUGUAUGCAUGUAAAUACACAGCAAAGUUGAAGUAUGAUGUAGCCCUAUAUAUGAAUGUAUGUGCAUACACAAACACAGCAGAUUAUGUCUCUGUCUGUCGGUCUAUCUGUCGGUAUAUUCAUGUAUGUAUGUAUCGUUUGAUGAGAAAACCGGUUGCGAGUGCGUCUGUGCCAGAUAUUGCCAUUGUUGCAAUGUCUGGAAUGGAAUCCAAUAUGCUGUGUAAAUGGAGCUCUCCUUGGACGCCUGCAGCCCUUGUCGGAGACGCACCGCCCACCCCUGCUCCGGAUUGGUCAGAGCACUACAGCUGGCUGUGACGGUUGUUUGCUUUUGCACUCCGUUUACAAUGUCGAUCGUGGAAGGUGUGGGAAACUGCGGCCUCAAUCAACUAAAUAAAUUCGAGAAACUGUCGUGGAGGCUGUCCAUUCGUGAUCCAGGCUCUAAGAAGAGAGUGCGAUGGCUUCAGGCUCGUCGGAUCUUCUCUCCAUCAUGCCCCAACCUGCGGAUCCCGAACCGUUUUCUGAGAGAAGGACAUUAUGCCCCCCCUGCCCGCAGCGGACACCGCUGUGUAGCAGACAACGCCAACCUCUAUGUGUUCGGAGGCUACAACCCAGACUUUGAUGACGCCGGGGGCUCUGAGAACGAGGACUACCCGCUGUUCAGGGAGCUGUGGAGGUUCCACUUUGCCACGGCCACCUGGCAGCAGCUCCGCACCGAGGGCUACAUGCCAACUGAGCUGGCCUCAAUGUCUGCGGUCAUGCACGGCAACAACCUGCUUGUGUUUGGCGGAACGGGGAUACCAUUCGGUGAAAACAACGGCAACGACGUCCAUGUUUGUAACAUCCACUACAAGCGAUGGAACCUCCUGAACUGCAGGGGCCAGAAACCCAACCGGAUUUACGGACAGGCCAUGGUCAUUAUAAAUGGCUACCUGUAUGUGUUUGGAGGAACGACGGGUUAUUUCUACAGCACAGACCUGCACCGGCUGGACCUGUCCACACGCAUCUGGGUCCACCUCAAACCCAAGAAUGCACCCACAGAUCUCCCUGAGGAAAGGUACAGACAUGAGCUCGCUCACGACACACGGAGGAUCUACAUUCUAGGAGGCGGGACUUCCUGGACGUCAUAUCCUCUAGACAAGAUUCAUGCGUACAACCUUGAGACAAACUGCUGGGAGAGGAUCGUCACGAAACCUCAUGAAAAGAUAGGUUAUCCUGCUGCUCGCCGCUGUCACAGCUGUGUGCAAGUCAAAGACGAGGUGUUUAUAUGUGGAGGGUACAACGGGGAACAAAUACUGUCAGACCUGUGGAAGAUCAGCCUGCAGACGUACCAGUGGAGCAGACUGCCUGCCCUCAUGCCAGAGCCUGCUUACUUCCACUGUGCUGCCAUCACACCGGCCGGGUGCAUGUACGUGCACGGCGGGGUGGUCAACCUGUCGGAGAACCGGAGGACGGGCUCCCUGUACAAGGUGUGGCUGGUGGUGCCCAGCCUGCUGGAGCUCACGUUGGAGCGGCUUCUGAAGGCCUGCCCUCGCCUGCCCCAGCUCUCCAGCCUCCAGCUCCACAGCCUGGGACUCCCACACUCCCUCAUCCAGCGCCUCAAGUAGACGUAGACCUGGACCUGAAGCCCCCGGGCUGCGGAGCCGAAGGCCUCCAAAUAACAUUGCCCUGGAUGGGCGGCUGUGAUGUAGUUGAUGACCGGAAACUGAGACUUUUAUUUUAUUUAUUUUUUUAGGUUGUCUGCUCUGUUCUUUUUAAACCUUGUUAUUUUGUGUGCACGUAUUGAAAUGUGGUCCUUUUUUACGGAAUAUGUAUGAAUGUAUGACCUCAUUUUUUGUUUCAUGACUGACUGCCUGCUCUCACUCUUGUCACUUUGAAUUUUCAAUUCUUGUUCCUGUUCCUGGCUAGUGCCAUUCUUAAUUAUUUAUUUUUUUCUAUUUUUAAGAAAUGCAUACAACUUGAAAAGCUAUCAGCUUUUUCAUCAAGGCCUUUGUGGAAGGCCGAAGUGGAAACCAUUGCCUGAAGACUGGAGAUCUAAUCCUGUUUUUAAUCAUUGACGUCCUCGGUUUUAUCUUUUUCUUUGAAUACCAAUUUCAGACGGGCGUUUAUGACCCUUCACAUUUGCUGUCAGCUGCUGCAUAACAAAACACGUCCCAACUCUUCACACAGUUAAACUAAAUGGUUGCAGUUAGAGUUCUGUUUUUAUAAGUAGUUGGAAACCCAACUACUUGGUCGAAACCAGAUAGUUUUCUGUUUCUAAUAUCGUUGAAACCUGUCAGAGGAAAUUGUUUGGUAUUGCCUUUGCUGUGAGACUUAUUUUCUCAGCCAGCACCUUGCACGUGCCCCCCCCCCCCCCUCCUCGAAGAUAACGUUCGACCACGGGUUUUUUCCAGCUAGUCUCUUUUUUGUCAAUAGAAAGUAGGUUAACAUAUUACCGGGACCAGAGGAACCACAGGCUGAUCAGCUACAUGACAUCACUGUGAAUUUCCAGUAUGCAUAUGUUGUAGUUCCUCUUCAUGUCCAACCAGGAUCUUGUGUCACCAAACAUGGCUCAGCACCAUCACUUUAAAUUUCUUCUCGUGCCUUAAAGAAACGUUCAAAUGGGUCCUUAAAAUGGCUUUCCCAUCACGUGUGUUUUAAAUGGUUCAUUAUUGCUACUUGUUUUCCUAAUGUGACCCACCUGCUGCUCUGAAUUAUUGAGCCAUUUUAUGUUUGAUAAUGUCUUUCAAAGUUUAGCAACUUUUUUUUUUAUUGGUAAGCCUUUCUCACGGUUUGAACAAAUGUUUAUUCAUUUUUUUUUCUCUUAAAAGAUAUUAUUUAUAACAUUCUGAGUUUUUGUUCACUAUAAUUUCUAGGUCAAGUUCAUUCAUUAUUGGGAAUUUCUGUCUACAUGCUGUACAUAAUUAUUUUUUUUAAUUGGUUUACAUUAUUCAUAGCGUCUUGAUGGGUUAUCACUGAAUGUCAACAUCUGAAAGUGGUAGAAUGAUGAGAAACAUGCAAUUGCUCAUUAACAUUAUUUAUUGAUGAAAUGGAGGACUUUUUAAUAUCAACACCCGGAGGCAUCAAAACGUAAGCCAAUUUCUGAAUCAUUUGUUAGAAAUACUUGACAUUAACAAUAUUUAUAUUUUGCAUUUGAAUUGUCAACACUUACCAUAAGGUCAUUUGGACUGCAAAUAUUAUAUUGGCAAGAUUUUCACUCUGAUUAAUGUGAUGGGAUUUGGCAUUUAGUCCCAUUCUCCAAUCCCAUUUCCAAUCGGCAGUUACAUGGUCAGUCCUACUGUAUUAAUGGCCUUACAAACACUGAGCAUGCAAAAUGCCUGUGGCUGGCAUUUCCAGUGGAUACUUUGCCUUUCCUAGAAGACACCAAAACAUUUGUUUGACCUAUUCAUUUGAUAUGAAGGACUUAUUGAAAAUAUUCUGCAUGUCAAAAUAGUGCAUGUUGGAGGAUAAAGACUGAAAUGAGAAACAAUGAAUGUUGUCUGUUAUAAUUGACUAAUUUUUCUAAAGUGUUUCCAAUUAAAAUAUUGCAGCAUA